AUGAGCCCCCUCAGCGUCCUCGCCCCCGUCCUGUUCGGAGCCCUCCUGGCGGCCGCCGGCCCCACCCAGUUCUUCCGCGAGGAGUUCGGGGAUGGAGGGCAACCGGGGGGCACCGGGAGCGGCCACGAGAGGCGGCGCAGCGCGCUGUUCCGGCACCUCGCCCGCCAGGCCUCGCUGCUGCACACGAGCCGCUCGCUGACGUCACUGAGCCGCUCGCUCUCCUCCUCCGACUCGCUGCCCGCCUCCCCCACGCAUGCGCGGGCGCGCGAGCCCGGGGCCUCCCCGCCCAGCAGCUCGCCCGGUUCCAGCGCUCCGCCGUCACCGGCGGGGCCGCACCUGCGGCCGAGCUCCCUGCAGGGGCUGUCACCGAAGCUGCAGCGGCAGUACCGGGCGGCGCGGUGCCGCUCCGCCGGCAGCAUCCCGCUCUCGCCGCUCGCCCACACGCCCUCGCCGCCCGCCGCCUCCCCGCCCGCCUUCCCCGCCAAGCUGCACCCCAAAGCCGCCGAGUCCCCGCGCCUCGCCCGCCGCGGGCUCCCGGAGAAGGCGGCGCCGGGGCCGCCCCGCAAGUUGGGGCUGGAGCCGCCCCGCAAGGACUUCCCGGCCGAGCCGCCGCUGCAGAGCUUGGCCGAGUGGGACGGCGAGGGCCCGGCCGAGCCGCCGCCCGCCGCGCCCCCCGCCCGCCGCCUGGGCCGCCAGGAGCUGCCGCUGCUGCUCGGGGGUCCCCCCGGGCGGAGCCGCCGCCGCCGGGCCCGGAGGAGCCCGAGCGGGGGGCGCGGGGUCCCCCCAAGGCGCUCAGCCCGGUGCAGGAGCACGAGCGCGGCGGGGCGGCCCCGGGGGGGCCCCCGGUGCCCAUCGUGGUGGUGGGGCCCGGCGCGACCCCCGGGGACCCCCGGAGCGCCGCGGGCCCCCCCGGGCGCUGAGCUUUACCCGAGCCCCCCAAAUCCCGGCUGUAAAUAG